UUGUAUUCUUAUCGCCAUUUUUGUGUAUAUCGAACAACGGAAUAAAAAAAAGACAUACCAAGAAAAAAUCCAAUUCGAAUAUAAUAAAUUCUAUAAAAUUAUAAAAUUUUUUAAUAACGGGCAAUUUAGCUAGUUGCCGUUUAAAUUUAAAUUAAAUAAUACAUAUAUUUUCUAUUAAAUAGCAAAAAUUAAUUAAAGUAAAAAGCAAAAAAUAAACCAAAGAAGUAAAAGAAAAAAGUGUUCUCUUUCAGUGGUGUUGCUCCGUUUCUGCUGCUGCUACUGCUAAAAAAAAAGUGACACACACCAAAGUGAAAUUUAGCGCAGAUUUUUGCGUAUAUUUUGUGAAAUUAUAUUAAAAAAAGAGAAAAAAAAGCCAAAAAAUAUAUCUGGUUAAUUUUUAUCAACUACAAAUUUAUUUUUCAACGGAACAGUACUUAAAAACAAAACAAAAUGGGAAAUGAAACUUCUCUGCCAAUGGAGAUGUGCUCCAACUUCGAUGCCGAUGAAAUACGUCGUUUGGGUAAACGUUUUCGUAAACUAGAUUUAGAUAAUUCUGGUGCCUUGAGUGUUGAUGAGUUUAUGUCUUUGCCAGAAUUACAACAGAAUCCCUUAGUACAGCGUGUCAUUGAUAUUUUCGAUGCCGAUGGUAAUGGUGAGGUAGAUUUUAAGGAAUUCAUACAAGGUGUAUCACAGUUUAGCGUUAAAGGUGAUAAACUAUCAAAACUACGUUUUGCAUUUCGUAUUUAUGAUAUGGAUAAUGAUGGUUACAUAUCAAAUGGUGAACUAUUCCAAGUGUUAAAAAUGAUGGUAGGCAAUAAUCUUAAAGAUACACAAUUACAACAAAUCGUAGAUAAAACAAUUUGUUUUGCCGACAAAGAUGAAGAUGGUAAAAUUUCAUUCGAUGAAUUUUGUUCGGUAGUCGGUAAUACAGAUAUUCACAAAAAAAUGGUUGUUGACGUCUAAAAACGUACAUUUGUGUCUCCUCAACAUAUAAAAGCCACAAACACUUCCUACUCCCUCCUGAUACACUUUAAAAUAAAGUUACAUCCUUUAAACAACUCCAGCUGCUCUGCCUUUCAAUAACCCUUCCUCUCAUUCUCCUGCAGUCGCUAUCCUCCUCUCCUUCCCUUUAAUUAAUAUACUUAACUAAUUAAUAUUUAUAUAUUUUUAAUUGUAAAUUUUUUUUGCUAAGGGAAAAAACAAAGAAAAAAGAAAAUCUUAAAAAAAUUUAUAAUAAAAAAACAAAUAUUUAAAGUUAAAUACAAAACGAAACAAAUACAAGAAUUUUACAAAUCUCCAUCCUCGUUAAUUAAAGUAAAAAAACCAAAACAACAAGAAACUCGUUAAUUUAUUUACUAAUACUUGCAUAAUAAACUCGGUUUCUUUUAAUUAUGCAAAUGUUUUAAUUUUUAUUAUGUCUACAUACACACAUACAACUAUUUUUUAACUGGAAUUUACUUUUCUUAAAUUUAUUUGUUUAUGUUUUUAAAAAAACCUCUUUAUUUAUUUUGUUUAAAACCUUAUUUUUAAUGAUUUUUUUUCUCAAUUUUUAUAUAUUAUUAAGUUUGUUAAAGUCUUUAUUAUAAUUUCCUAAAAAAAAUAUACAAAACAAAUGUUUAUUUAAAAAAUUAAAAAAAAAUUACAAAAAUAAAAAAGCUUAAAACAAACAAAUAAAAACAUUGCAGUAAUUUACUUUAAUAAAACAAAAAACCCAACAAAUAUGAAAAAAAAAAUUAAAUUCUUAUACGUUAUAAAUGAAAACUAUCAGCAAUAAACGAACUAAUGAACAUUUUA